CUUGGAGAAGUGGCCGCCCCUCCCCUCCUCCACCACGCAGCCAGCAGCACCACCAGUCGCACCAGCUUCCACAGCAGUACCAGCAGCAGCAGCAGCAACAGCAUCACGAGCAGCAGCUGCGACAGGCCAGGCUGGUGCCACUCUCGGCUUCCCAGGCCUUACUGCAUGUCCCUUCACAUCCAUCCACUCGUGCAUCUUCCACUCUCUAGCCUCUGCCCGCGCUGCUGCUGACAAGCAACCAAAACACAACAGACCAUACUGGGAGUUGCUAUGCAAGGUGGUGCAGGGGGUGUAUCUUCGAGACGAGGAGGAAGCUCUCAGGAAGCUUCUGGACGAGGAGAUUCGCUGGCUGCAGCACGUGACAUGGGGAAUGGAUGGCAGGGAAGAGUUGUUGGAAGGCCAUCUACUGCUGCUUAAAGUGCUUGUGGAGGUGCUGGAGUGUCGCCCCACUGUGGCCUGCUCUCCACCCCACGGCCAUGGGCUCUUGCACCUGCUCAUCACUCGCUGCCUCUUUCCCGAGUGGCCGGUGGUCGUUCCAAGCCACCGACAACAACAACCGCCACAGCAGCAACAACACCACAACCACCAUCACCACCAACAACAACAACACCAACAGCAACAGCAGCAGCCACCUGGCGAAUCCUCUCCUCCCACGACCUGGGGCUUUCUCUCUUCUAGCCCCCACGAUGCUGCAGUCUUCCGCCCCUUCUGCUCUGCCUCGCCCUCCCGCAACGCUGCCUUCACCCUCCUCAUCGCCCUCUGCGCCAAGACCCCUGAAGCCCUACGGGAGCUCGCCUCACUGCUGUUGCCGCUGCACUUCGCCUCGCUGGAGCACGAGUUGCCAUCAUGGGAGUACCUCCCCAGCUGCGCCCCCCGGCCACGCGUGGGAUAUGCAGGCCUCAAGAACGCAGGAGCCACGUGCUACAUGAACAGUGUGUUUCAGCAGCUCUUCAUGCAGCCCCAAGUGCGCCGUGCGCUUCUCGCCUUCCCCGAGACGCCCGAGUCGGACCGGCCGCUGUCUGUGAUCUAUCAAGUGCAGGUCAUAUUCAGCUAUCUGCUAGCUGGUUGUCCUGAUUACUUUGUUCCAGAGGGUUUCUGGGAUGCGUUUCGGGACUACGAUGGGCAGCCGGUGAACCUGAGGGAGCACCAAGACGCCUUUGAGUUCUUCAACCGCCUCUACGACUCAUUGGAUGAGAGCAUGAAGGCUCAGCGGCACUCCCCCACGCUUACCUCUAUUUUUGGAGGGGCCUUCGCUCAGCAGAUCAUCUGUCGGGGUUGUCCCCAUCGCAGUGAGAGGGAGGAGCCAUUUGCAGCAGUGAGUGUGGACGUGAAGGGCAAGAGGGGCCUGCAGGAGUCACUAGAGGCGUUUGUGCAAGGGGACUUGCUCGAGGCAGAUAAUGCCUACUUCUGUGGCCAGUGCGGCAAGAAGGUGGACGCACUGAAGCGUGCGUGCAUCAAGACCCUGCCGCCCACCCUGAUAAUUCACCUGAAGCGUUUCGACUUUGACUACGAGACGAUGCAGCGGCUGAAGCUGAAGGACCGAUUCGCCUUCCCCCUCACUCUCAACAUGCGGCCGUUCACCCGAGAAGGGCUCGCUCAGAAGGAGAGAGAGCAGACAAGGGGACGGGUAGGGGGUGCAGAGGGGAAGGAGGAAGGGAGGGACGAGGGGAGAGAGAGAGAGCAGGGGCGGGAGGAGGGAGAGGGGGAGGAGAGGGUGCAGGGGAGGGGAGAGGAGGAGGAUAAAGGAGGUGAAAGUGUGAAGGAAUCCAGAGAGGAUAGGGUUGAAGGGGGUGUGGAGGAGAAGGGAGCUGGAGGUGGGGAGGAGAGGAGCGACGGGUACUAUGAGUACAGCUUGGUGGGGGUAGUGGUGCAUUCUGGAACGGCGUUUGCGGGGCAUUAUUACUCGUACAUCAAGGAGAGGAGCGGCGAUUCUCCGCUGCAUCACAGCCGUCCAUCUCAAUCCGUGCGGUCGAAGCAGCGGUGGCUGUGCUUCGAUGACAAACGGGUGGAGGCGUACAAUGUGAGGGAGCUGGAGAAGGACUGCUUCGGAGGGAAGUACUCCGCUGAGGUGUAUGACAACCUCAUCAAGACCUCGUCGCCUCAGGAGUUUGACCGGCCCAACAGCGCGUACAUGCUUUUCUAUGAGCGAAUCGCUCCCACUGCUGCUGGUACCAGCACUACCAGUGCUGCCUUUGUGGCCGCCAAUACCGCUGCCACCACCACUGCCACAGGUGGUGCUGCCAAUAUAGCUGCAACUGCAGAAGGGAUGAGGGCGACAGGAGAGGCGCCAGCAGCGGCAGCCACAGCAGAGACAGCAGCAGGCGCCCCAACCACCAGCACCACUGCCAUCACCAUCACCCCAUGUACAGUAGCAGAGGAGAGGGCGGAUGGAGCUGUAGAGCCUUACAGCAUCCCUCCCAGCAUACACCACUGCGUGUGGCAAGACAACCUCAGGUUUCAGCAGGAGUCGCGGCUAUUGGAUCAGACAUACUUCCGCUUCCUGCUGCAGCUCGCAUGGGUCAACCUCGACGUCUUCCAAAUGUGCCAUGACCGAGGAAAAAUGGCGGCACUAUCAGAUGCGAGGGCAGGCGGGGUGAAGGCAUCACCACAGCGCAGCGAAGCACUGAGGGUGGAGCGAGCAGCGGAGGAGACUGCAGAGGCGCUGCUGUCGCUGCUGCUGCCGUUCCUCUUCCGGGUCUACCUGAGAGCACAUACCAGCCUAAGGACAGAGGAUCCUCUGUGGACAGUCGUGCUAUCUCGCAUGCUCGACGCCAACAGCACAGCCUGCCGCCUCUUCAAUGCACGCAUGGCGGGCAACAGGCGGUGGCUCUUGCAAUUCCUCCUCAAAUGCCCCAUCAACGCCAUCUCCGUGGCUGUAGCGGAUGUGCUGGUAACCAGCUGUCACAGCGCCACCUGCUUCGUGAAUGCACGUCCAUUGGCUGCUGGUUCAACAGUGCCCACUGCAACUCCUGAUGCGGCUGCUGCUGCAGCUGGAGGAGCUCCUGAUGGGUCGGCAGGGGAUGCUGGGGCAGCUGGAGCAGCAGGAGGGGCAGGGGCAGGUGCAGCAGGGGAAGAUGCAUUGAAUGUGGACGCGUUGAUUGAUUCGCUGGUGUCGCUGCUGAGAGACGCCAGUGGCCCCUCCUGUCACGUGGACAACCUGUGCAGCAUCUUAGUGGAGUAUGCACGCAUCGGCCCCACACAGCGCCUCUCCCUCAUUCGCAGACAGCUGCCCGCCACCUGUUGCCGUGAGGCGGCCCAGCCUAACUCUGGACUGUCUCGCUCGACCGAGUGGGCACUGCUUUGCAGCAGCAAGGUGACUUUUGAGUCGACUCAAAAGUCACUCCUCCCCACCCCCUUCCCCUCUUACCUGUUCCAGCUGGACUAUCUGGACCGAGUGGGAAUCGCAGCAGCAGCCAAGCUGCAUCUCUCGCCCCUCCACUCCCUCCUCUCCAUCCUCAUCCGCUCCUGUCACCCCCGCCCGCCCCCCUCUCGCCGCCCCGCCCCCGCUUCCACCCCUGCAUCAGCGGGGGACGAGGGGGGGGAUGAGGAGGGGAAAGGGGAAGGGCACGAAGGGGGAGGGGAAGCAAGGGCGCAUGGCAAGGGAGGGGGGAGGAGGAAGGGGGAGGGCAGGGCACAUGGGAGGGAGGAGAGGGGUAAGGGGAAGGCGGGGCAGGGGGGGGGAGAGAGGCGGAGGGGGCAUGGUGGGGCUUCUGCAGGGGCAGCAGGGGCGGCAGGGGCAGUGGGGGAGGCGGAAGAGGAAGGAGGGGAGGAGGAGGACGCUGGGUUGCAAAAUCCGGCGUUUUUUGGCCGCCCGGUGGCGGUGCUGCCGCCCCGUGUGGCUCAGCUUGCAACAGAUCCGGAAUACGUCAAUCUGCUGAUAACGUCCAAUCUGGACAACCACGACGCCAUCUCUCUCCUCCUCUACAUCUCCUUUGGCAACGAGAGCGAAAGCAUUACUGUGCUCCGGGAGGCCAUGAGCUCUCUGCAACGAGCAGCAGUCACGUCGUCUCGUCGCAUUCUCUCACUGCUGCUGCACCUGCUUAAGCUCCCAGAUGCCCUUCAGGAGGCACGCCAGGAGUCAGUAGUGAAUGGCUGCCAGUUCUUCCGCCCAGGGGUCUUCGAUCUCCUCCUUGCCAAGCAAGUCUCCCCCCUGAAGCGCUACGCGCUGCUCAAGUUCCUUCUCGCCACAGCCGCCUUCAGCACCAUGUCGCGGCGCCACAUCGCGGUGAGGCGGGCAGACCUGAGCGCCGUGCUGCAGUGGCUGCAGGAGGAGACCGCCAACGCGCCCGGGCACGAUCUGUCCAAUGAGGAGCUGCCAUCUGGCACGCUGCGCCGCACUGCCACUGUGGACUCGACCAUUGCCACUGGGCUGACUAGGCGUCAUGCAGCCGCCCAAGCUGGACAUGCUGCACAGCCAGCUGUCCCAUCCUCGUGCCCUUCCUGUCCUCUGCUCUACGCUCAAACCCACCACUCCUGUCCCACUCUUCCCGUUUCGCGCCCUCAGAUGAACCUCCGCCGUCGCCUCUCACAGCUGAAGGUCAUGCAGCCGCCCAGUCUGGACAUGCUGCAGAGCCAGCUGUCCAUUCUCGUGCCCACCUUCCCCUGCCCCAAGGAGGAACGCGUGGGCGUGUGGGCGGACGGUCGAAAGGUGGGGAAUAUUCCUUCGAGAAGGACAUAUUCGUCAAGUUCCCUCUCACGCGCCCCAUUCCUCGCCCCAUUCCUCGCCCCCUUCCUCGCCCCCUUCCUCGCCCCCUUCCUCGCCCCGUUCCUCGCCCCGUUCCUCGCCCCGUUCCUCGCCCCGUUCCUCGCCCCGUUCCUCGCCCCGUUCCUCGCCCCGUUCCUCGCCCCGUUCCUCGCCCCGUUCCUCGCCCCGUUCCUCGCCCCGUUCCUCGCCCCGUUCCUCGCCCCGUUCCUCGCCCCGUUCCUCGCCCCCUUCCUCGCCCCCUUCCUCGCCCCCUUCCUCGCCCCGUUCCUCGCCCCGUUCCUCGCCCGUUCCUCGCCCCGUUCCUCGCCCCGUUCCUCGCCCCAUUCCUCGAUCCGUCCCUCGCCUCCUCCCUGCAAGCCCUCUCCUUCCUCCGCUUCCUCAAGCUUCACGGCUCACACGCCUGCUCACUCUCAACCCCUCCCUCUCCCCCUCCCCUCGCCGCUUCCCCCUCCUCCCAGCAUAGGGUCAGGAGGCGAGUACUCAUUCGAAAAAGACAUGUUCUUCAAGUUCCCCCUCACGCGCCCGCUCACCUUCGACCCAUUCCUCGACCCCUCUCUCUCCUCCUCCAUGCAAGCCCUCUCCUUCCUCCGCCUCCUCCCCAUCGGGCUCGCCGGGGCCGGGGUGAUCGAGAGAGCGAGAGUGGACCGACCGGGAGUGCAGUUUAUGACUGUGGGGGAGGUCAUGGGUGCGAAUAAUCACUCCUAUGUGGAUGUUCUAAAGGUGGAUUGCGAUGGGUGUGAGGAGGGGUUGGUUUAUGAUAUUAAGCCAGGAAGGAGGGAGGGUGGGGGGGAAGGGGUGGGGGAUGGAAGUGGAGGAGGAGGGAGAGGAGAAGGGGGAGGAGGAGGGGAAGGGAGGGAGGAGGAGGUGUUGGAGGAGUUUAGCCGAGUGAAGCCGUUUGGGGACCCGGCGAUUGGUCAGAUACUCAUUGACUUGCACCACGUCAACAACCCUGGCAUCACCCUGCCCAUGGUAUACCACCUGGAGAGCGUGGGUUAUCUGCUGUACCACGUGGAGCCCAACGCCCAGCACCCCGGCUGCUGCAUUGAGCUGGCCUUCAUUCACCAGUCGCUGCUGCAGCCCUGGGGCACGUCGCGCAGCGACUUUGAAAGAUGGAAGAAAGCAAGGGGGAAAUGA